GUGCCGGAGGCCAAAGACUUUCGCGAGGGUGGACGCGCCGCGUUUUCUGGCGGACCUCUUUCGCUCCAUCUGAACCCAACUCGUUCCCACCUUUGUUCACCGGGUACGAUCGCUGCGACUGGUCUGGUACACGCACGUAUGACCCAGCACUGUCGCCGCGUGCGAAUUUCGCGGUCGACUGCACCACCAUCGACGUCGACGACACCGCGACAACCUCCUUGAGGGCAAUCGGUGACAUCUCGUCAGGUGGUUUCGCGUACAUCAUCGCCGCGCGCGGUGGCCUCGAGCGGAGGACGUGGACCGGCGUGAAAGCGUGACCGUAAGAGGGAAACGACCGGGGGAACGUCGUGGAUCGUGACGACGCACGCCUCCGUCGCUGCCGGGUGCAAGGUUGACCCAGGUCCAAGGACAGGAUCGAAGGAUGCUGGCCCGAUGCCUAAUUUUCGUCGGUGCAGCCGCAGCAGUGACGUCCGCGAGCGGUCACGGGUUCGACGCGCAUUUACGCGGGCCAAGCUUCGUCAUCGAACCGCCGUCGAGGGUGGAAUUUUCAAAUUCGAGCGGCGCCUGGCUGGACUGCACCGCGACGGGAAGCCCUCCGCCCAACAUCGAUUGGUCGACCGCGGAUGGACAUCCGGUGAACGACGUACCGGGCGUUCGAAGAGUGCUGAGGAAUGGCACGUUGGUCCUUUUGCCGUUUCCGGCCGCUGCGUUCCGUCAGGAUGUUCACAGCGCUGCUUACAGAUGCGUCGCGAGCAAUUCCGUUGGAAGAGUCCUUAGCCGCGACGUCCAGGUCAGGGCAGUGGUGGCUCAGGCAUACAAAGUCGACGUGGAAGUGAUCGGAGGUGCAUCCAGGGGAUGCACAGCGGUAUUGCGAUGCGUCGUUCCCAGCUUCGUGAAAGAUUUGGUACGCGUCGUGUCCUGGUUACAAGAACCCUCGUUUUACAUCUACCCAUCUCUACAAGGAGAUGGAAAGUUUCAUCUGCUGCCCACGGGCGAACUCCUGGUCCACAGUCUGGAAUUCAGCGAUCAGAUACACGGUUACAGGUGUCGAACAAUGCAUCGACUCACUAGACAGGUCGUCGUCAGCUCCGUGGCCAACGUCAGGAUAGCGGAUCACAGAGGGGUGAUGCCUCCGGUGAUUCUUGAAAACUCUGGCGUAGUUCACGUCGCUCAAGAUGAAUCAACGUCAUUAGUUUGCGUGGCGCAGGCCUGCCCCACUCCCGAAUAUCGAUGGUACGCGCAAACCGGUUCCGAGCCAAUGCUGGUACUCUCUGGACCAAGAACUAGACUGCUUGGUUCCGUCCUGGCGUUAGAAGCUGUGACAUUAGAAGAUAGUGGAAUCUAUCGUUGCUCAGCGGCUAAUCCUGGCGGCGAAGCCAGUGCUGAAAUUAGGCUCAUCGUGACAGCCCCGUUGCACGUGGAAGUAACCCCGCCGUUGCUGAGCGUCCAUUUGGGCGGUAAUGCCGAAUUUAGAUGCGAGGUGAGCACGCAUCCACAGGCAGGACCGCACUUUGUUACAUGGUACAAGGACGGACGGCAGCUGCCAGGAACCGGCAGACAAUCAGAAUUAUUGAGGCUCAACGGCAUCGGUCGGGAAGAUCGUGGAAUGUACCAGUGUAUAGUCAGACGAGCGGAAGGCGACACUGCGCAAGCCUCGGCCGAACUUCAACUGGGCGACGCGCCACCAAUGCUGCUGUACUCCUUCAUCGAGCAAACGCUGCAGCCUGGACCUGCCGUAUCCUUGAAAUGCUCUGCAGCAGGAAACCCUACGCCGCAAGUCUCUUGGGCCUUGGAUGGCUUUCCCUUGCCAACCAACGGAAGGUUCGUCAUAGGUCAAUACGUCACAGUCCACGGUGACGUUAUAUCGCACGUCAAUAUCAGCCACGUGAUGGUGGAGGAUGGAGGGGAAUACUCUUGUACGGCCGAAAAUCGUGCCGGAAAAGUCACUCACGCUGCUCGCCUCAACGUUUAUGGACUUCCAUACAUCCGACUAAUCCCAAAGGUGACCGCGGUGGCUGGCGAGACUCUUCGCCUGAAGUGUCCAGUCGCAGGUUACCCCAUCGAGGAGAUCAAGUGGGAACGAGCUAAUCGCGAGCUGCCGGACGAUCUUCGUCAAAAGGUCCUCUCGGACGGUACUCUGGUGAUCUCGAGCGUGCAGAAGAAGGGCGACGCGGGGGUGUACACGUGCUCGGCGAGGAACAAGCAGGGCCACAGCGCGAGAAGAUCAGGCGACGUGGCAGUGAUCGUUCCUCCCAAAAUUAGCCCAUUCACGGCAGAUCGUGAUCUUCACCUCGGCGAACGAACCACGUUGACUUGCUCGGUGACAAGGGGCGAUCUGCCACUCUCGAUCUCCUGGCUCAAGGACGGACGAUCGAUGGGCCCCUCGGAGCGUGUCAGUGUGACCAAUAUGGACCAGUACAAUAGCAUACUGAUGAUUGAAAGUUUAUCUCCAGAUCACAACGGCAACUACUCGUGCGUGGCCCGUAAUCUGGCCGCAGAGGUAUCGCACACGCAGCGGCUUGUGGUUCAUGUACCCCCUAUUAUUGAGCCAUUUACGUUCCAAGAGGGACUAUCCGAGGGGAUGCGGACGCGGACGGUGUGCGGGGUCGCGGCGGGUGAUCCACCCCUGACCAUAUCCUGGCUAAAAGACGGCCAAACCCCUUUCCCGUUGCCACCGACACUGGCAUCCGUCGCAAACAUCUCCCAACUGGAUCCUUACUCAAGCCUCCUCAGUAUAACGAACCUCGCGGCCGAGCACUCCGGCGACUAUACCUGCGUCGCCGCGAACCCCGCCGCCGAGGUCAGGUACACGGCCAAGCUACAGGUAAAAGUGCCGCCGCGAUGGAUCGUGGAACCCGUGGAUGUUAGCGUGGAAAGGAACAAGCACGUGGCUAUGCAUUGCCAAGCCCAGGGUGUGCCCACACCCACCAUCGUUUGGAAGAAAGCUACGGGAAGCAAAUCCGGUGAAUACGAGGAGUUGCGGGAAAGAGCGUACACGAAAAUUCUGAGUAACGGUACGCUGCUGUUGCAACACGUGAAAGAAGACAGAGAAGGAUUUUACCUUUGUCAAGCCAGCAACGGCAUUGGGAGCGGCAUUGGAAAGGUGGUCCAGUUGAAGGUUAAUUCAUCGCCAUAUUUUGCGGCUCCUUCGAGACUCGUCACUGUGAAAAAGGGCGACACUGCGACGUUGCACUGCGAGGUACACGGUGACACGCCUGUCACUGUCACGUGGCUGAAGGGCGGAAAAAUCGAGUUAAACCCCUCAACGAACUAUCGGGUUACAGUGAAACGGGAGGUAACACCAGACGGCGUGAUAGCGCAGUUACAAAUUUCCUCCGCUGAAGCGUCCGACAGCGGUGCAUACUUUUGCCAGGCGAGCAAUCUUUAUGGUCGUGAUCAGCAGCUGGUGCAACUCCUCGUGCAAGAGCCACCACUGCCGCCAAAUAAUUUGGAAACCGCAAUGGUUGCCAGUCGAAGCAUCAACGUGAAAUGGCAGCAUAAAUCCCAGGACACCAGCGAAGUAACCAAAUAUAUUCUGCAAUACAAAGAAGGCGAUGGUGGAAUGUGGCAACAGCAAGAAUUCACCGGACCGCCUCUCCCGUACGCUGCCCUCAUAGACGAGCUGAAACCAGCUACUAGAUACACUAUUCGUGUAAUUGCUGAAGGUCCAGCUGGCAGAUCGGUGCCCUCUGCAGAGCUAGUCGUCAGAACCGAGCCACAAAGACCCGCCGGGCCACCGAUUAAUCUUACAGCGAGGGCUCUGUCUUCGUCUGAAAUCUUAAUCACUUGGUCGCCACCCGCGCUUGAACUGAGACACGGAGACAUCCAGGGAUUCAACGUUGGAUACAGAGAAACUAGCUCUGCGAAUCCCUCGUACAACUUCAGCUCCGUAUCUGGCGACGGGGACGAAGGGGGUGCGGAACUUCGUCUGGUAGGCCUUCGACCCUACACAAAGUACACUUUGGUAGUUCAAGCGUACAACCAGGUUGGGUCUGGGCCACUUUCGGAACCUUUGCUCACGCAGACGCUGGAAGACGUUCCCAGCGCGCCGCCGGAAGACGUGAGAUGCGCUGCGCUCACCUCGCAAUCUCUUCAAGUAUCGUGGCAGCCACCUCCUAACACGCACAGCAACGGUAUCAUACAAGGAUACAAACUACAUUACGAGCCGAUUUUGGUAGACGUUUGGCGCAGCGUCGAUGAAAUGGAGGUUCGCAAGACCAGCGCUCUGACCACCGUUCUCACGGGCCUGAGAAAGUUCACGAACUACACCAUUCAGGUGCUGGCUUUCACGAGAGUUGGGGACGGAGUUCCCACAACAGUAACUUACUGCCAAACCGAAGAAGAUGUGCCAGGCAGUCCAGCAGACAUAAAAGUAGUGGUUAGUUCGCCACAGGCGCUCUUCAUCUCUUGGCUCCCUCCUCUUGAACCCAACGGAGUCAUCACGAAAUACAAUCUAUACACCAGGGUCGUAGACGGUAGGGAGGAACUGAAUCACGGUAAAAGAACACUGCCAGCCACGAGCACCUAUUUCGAGGCGACUGAUUUACAGCAACACGUAGAGUAUCAAUUUUGGGUGACCGGUAGCACCCGCGUAGGCGAAGGUCAAAGUUCCAGAGUGGCUGCGCAAGUCCCGACGAAUCGCGUGCCAGCGAGAAUCACUUCUUUCGGGGGCCACGUAGUGAGACCUUGGCGGGGAUCCGCCACCCUGUCCUGCAACGCGGUUGGUGAUCCCACCAGAGAGUGGUACAAGGGAUCCACAGAACAAAUUCGUACGGAUACAACCAGAAACAUACAGAUACUGCCAUCGGGAGAGCUCGUCCUGUCGAAUCUACAGUCCCAAGAUGGCGGAAAUUACACUUGCCAAGUGGAGAACGCUCAGGGCAGCGACAAACUGCAUUACACGUUAACCGUACAGGUACCGCCAAGUGCGCCCGUUCUUUACGUAACAAGUUCCACGUCGAGCAGCAUUUUGUUGCAUUGGAAGCCUGGGCAUAGCGGUGGUGCCCCGCUCACGGGGUACACGUUACAUUAUCGAACGACUCAUGGUAACCUGGAGGAACUGCAACUGUCUCGACACGCCACUAGCCAUGAACUGAAGGGACUCCUCUGCGGAAAUACCUACCAACUCUACCUGACAUCCCACAACAAAAUUGGAAGCAGCCCAUCCUCGCCGGUCCUUUCGGUUAGAACUCAAGGCCAGGCGCCAGGCAUACCACCCGCAGCAGCAUUCCUCAGUCCCAACUCGACGACGUUGGUUCUUCGGCUUCACGUGUGGCCAGACAAUGGCUGCCCCAUCCGCUACUUCGUGAUCCAAUACAGGCCCAUAAACGAGUUCCACUGGACACUGGUGUCCAACAGCGUUAAAAUGCAGCGACGUUUCGUCGUGACGAAUCUGCAGCCGAGUUCCGUUUACCAGCUGAAGGUGGAGGCGCAUAACGUCGCUGGAACCAAUCAAGCGGAGUUCACGUUCGUCACGUUGACGAAGGAAGGCGAACCGCCACCCGCAGAACUAUCGAAACGUGGAAUUGCGUCGGCCACUCCGUUUUACGCGGACGUGAAGGUGAUUCUGCCUCUGAUCGUGGCCACAUUCGCGUUGCUCGUCGCUGUGUCCAUCGUUGCCUUCCGCUGGCGAAACAGGUACCUCGGGGACAGAGUCCAGCGCCCCAUGAAGGAGACCCAGGAGAAUCAACAAAACGCGGAGACCCAAAGGGAGCGUUACUACGCCACCAUUCAUAAGGUGGCUUUACAGCAGGCUGCGAAUACGGGCGGAGGGCCCGACAAGAUUCCAGAGACAGCGGAGGACAUCUCGCCGUACGCUACGUUCCAGCUUUCGGAGGGUGGCGGGGGAAGCCUGGCAGGGUUGGGAGGGCUGGGAGGACUGGGAGGCGCGGCGGAAGCUUCAGCGGCAGGUCUCCAUCCGAACAACACGCUUCUGCACAGCUUCAUGUAUCACGAGCACGCCAUGACCGAAGGGUGUGCGAGCCCUCCACCUGCCGCGGCGGUACGUCACCAUGCAAAGAGCAUGAAGAGCGUUUCGUCGAGGAGACGGCAGCAGAGAAAGCAACAAACUCCGGGCGACGUCGAGAGCGACGAGAGCGAGUCUGACCCGGAUCAACUAACGAGCUCUCGCACGGAGUCUUCCAAUCAACUGGAUCCUGGCAAACUCAAACACAUUCGAGCCGUUUCCGACUUCAUUUAUCACGGUACGUCGAGCACUUCAUCGGACAUCUCACCCAUGUCGGAACAGAAGUCGCUUCCUCGAAGAGGACGAUCUAGAUGGCAUGUUCCCAGCAGAAGCUCGCUACGCACACUGUUACCACCGAUAUCGGUCGCGGAGACCACGUUCAUAGGUGGCAAUCAGGGGAACGUCGUGGCGGGGAACGGCGACCGUUCCGAUCGGCCGGAGCUCAGCGAGGCCGAGUGCGACAUCGACUCCUUGAAGAAGCUGAAACUCGGUCUGAGGAGCUCUCUCUGGUCAAGGCCGAGCACCCAAAAUAAUCCUUCCUCCGACUACUCAAUCGCCGUUUAAUUCGCCUUCCUCUUUCCCCUGUGCCUCACCUUGCACUUCCCGCGCGUCUCCAUGGUGGGCCAAAAAAGAAAAGAAAAGAAAAUGAAAA